AGCUUUUUAUAUUGCGUUUGUAUACGCAUUGGACCGUAUGGGGGGAUGUCGCGAUGAUGGUCUGCACUAGGAGAACCAAAACUUUGGUGUCGACAUGCGUUAUUUUGAGUGGCAUGACCAAUAUUGUCUGUCUUCUCUACGUCGGCUGGAUCACAAAUUAUGUGGCCAAUGUGAACACCAAAGUCCCAGUGACCGAACCGGAGAGAAAGUUUGAAGAUGACAACAAGGGAGAAACUCUGAAGAUUAUAGAGAGACUGGACCGACUGGAAAAUGUGGUCAACCAACACAUCCAAGAGUUGCCCCAGAAGGGUAGUGAUGAAAAAGUAGGGGAGUCCCUCUCAGACUCCUCCCUGUUUGUCCGCUGGGGUCAUGACCUCGGUCCUGAGAGUCGUCGGGUGGCGCUGAAGAAGUUCCAGUACUACGGCUACAACGGCUACCUCAGUGACCGCCUCUCUCUGGCCAGACCCAUCCCAGACCUCAGACCUGAUGGGUGCAGAAACAUGUCGUACCCCACCAAUCUCCCACAAGUAAGUAUCAUCUUUAUUUUUGUGAACGAGGCCCUGUCGGUCAUCCUGCGCUCCAUCCACACAGCCAUGAACAGGACUCCCUCCCACCUCCUUAAGGAGAUCAUCCUGGUCGAUGACAACAGCAACAAUGCUGAGCUGAAGGAGAACCUGCAGAACUUUGUGAAGGAAACCAACUCCCAGCGGCCAGACUUCAUCAAGGUGGUCCGCCACGACAAGCAGGAGGGGCUGAUCCGCUCCAGGGUCAGUGGGUGGAGAGCCUCCAGUGCCCCCGUCGUUGCCCUGUUUGAUGCCCACGUGGAGUUCAACAUCGGAUGGUAAGGGACUGGGAUGCCACGUGUAUGUUCCAAUCUAUCCAACAGCUAAAAACAUUUCAUGUCUAUUUAUGAUCUUUGCUGUAUGAAUAUGCAAGACUGGUAUAAUUGAUAAGUGCUGCAUUUUCUCAGUAAUGACUUAAUAUAGCUAUUACAUAACUGUGAUAGAUGAGAGGGUUGUCAGAAUAAUAUACUAUGUGACUGCCCUCAGCUCAGGAGUGCUGACAUGCUGCUGACUGGAGUUGAGAUAUGUUGUUCAUGGCAACGUAGUGUAUCAGGGCUUUCUGUCGUCUGACAGAGUUUAUGUGCCUGUUAAUCAUUCUCUCCACAGCUUGACCGGUCGACCGACCGACACGUAUAUCUCUGAAGAGCCUGGGCUCAAUCCCAAAAAACUCCACUCACUCCUGAGGUGCUUUGGCACAGAUCUCAGAACAGACAUUUCGGAGGCCUCCUCACUCCUCCCAGCUACCCGAUUUUGUGUCUUCGACUAAUUAAAUCAUUUGGUUCAAUGCGACUGCAGUGCUUGAAAAGGAGAGUGCAUGAGGCUCUCAGCCUGUCUUUUAUGCACACAAACAUGUUGGCUAUUCAUAUUAACAUUGAUCAGAGGCCUUUUUGUACAGAACAAGUCUGAUGCUAUUUGUGCGGUGUCUGCUGAUGACCUGUCAUUUUCCCAAUGUAAUUCCAUACGUAUUUGUGGAGCUCUAACGUUGUUAUUUUAAAUGAUUGAUUGAAAAAUGGCUGUCAUUAAACAAGAGAGGGUGACUGACUGCUAUAUUUAUUUAUCAC